GGUGAGCGGGAGGAAGGGAGGCUGGUCGUGGCUGUGUGCUCAGCAAUAGGAAAUGCUUUAUUAGCUGGGAGUGGUGGAGAGAAGCCAGGCAGGAAGAGGCAGUAAUAAGAAACAUUUUUUUGACUUCUCCCACAUCCAGACCACAGAGCAGCUGCCAAGCGGCCGCGUUGGACAACGGGGUGGGCGAGCUGAGCCCCUGCAGCCAGGCCAGAGAGGGUGACAACCCCACAGGGGGACAGCCACUGCCGUGGGAGCCCCCAGGGGGGCAGGAUGGGUGGUGGGAGGGGAGCAGAUCCAUGAAGAUCCUCGGAGUUGGGGCUCGGGGCACGGAGAGAAGCUGCCCCGGAUCCAAGAGCGGGACUGUGGCCGGGAGAGCCUCGCCAGGGCCGGGCAGUGCCGAGGGCUCCUGCAGGACCUGGAUGCUGUAGGAUGAUGCCCUGUGCAGCCUCUGGCCGGGUGCUGCUGGCGCUGCUGACCCUGUCCCUCGGCUGCGCCGCCGAGGAGUUGCUGUGCGCCUGCGAUGUGCCCCACUGCAGCCAGCCCAACUGCACGGGCAAGGUGUGCUUCGUCAGCAAGAGGAGGGAGGAGGGCGCCAUCACCCAGCACCGGGGCUGCUUCUCGCAGAACAUCCUGGAGCACUGCCACACGCCCGUGACGGAGCAGUACGGCAUGAGGUGCUGCCGCUUCCACAUGUGCAACGCCCAGCUGGAGAUCUUCCUGCAAGGAGAAGAUGCCCUGGUAAAGACGCCUUCCCUGCCCAACCUCCUCCUGAUGAUCUUCGUCCCGCUGCUCUCCCUCCUCGUCCUCGUGGCGCUCACGGCGCUCUUCUGCUGGAAGCUGGCGCAGCACCGCCACAAGCACAGUGACUUUGGUGACACAGACCUCAUGCUGAAGGCAUCCAUGGUGGGAGACAGCACCUUAGAGGACCUGCUGAGCGAUGACUGCACGACGGGCAGCGGCUCUGGGCUGCCUUUCCUGGUGCAGAGGACGGUGGCUCGGCAGAUCACCCUCAUGGAGUGCGUGGGUAAAGGACGCUAUGGAGAGGUGUGGCGAGGCGUGUGGCACGGGGAGAGCGUGGCCGUGAAGAUCUUCUCCUCCCGGGACGAGCAGUCGUGGUUCCGCGAGACAGAGAUCUACAACACCGUCCUCCUCCGGCACGACAACAUCCUGGGUUUCAUCGCCUCUGACAUGACAUCCAGGAACUCCAGCACGCAGCUGUGGCUCAUCACCCACUACCACGAGAACGGUUCUCUCUACGACUACCUGCAGAGGACGGCCCUGGAUGUGGAGACCUGCCUGGGCUUGGCCUCCUCCAUCAUCUGUGGCCUCGUCCACCUCCACGUGGAGAUUUUUGGCACGCAAGGCAAACCUGCCAUCGCCCACCGCGACCUGAAAAGCAGGAACAUCCUGGUGAAAAGCAACCGGCAGUGCUGCAUCGCAGACCUGGGGCUGGCAGUCAUGCACUCCCAGGGCAGCGACUACCUGGACAUCGGCAACAACCCCCGGGUGGGCACCAAGCGCUACAUGGCCCCGGAGGUGCUGAGCGAGCAGAUCCGCACCGACUGCUUCGAGUCCUACAAGAAGACGGACAUCUGGGCGUACGGGCUGGUGCUCUGGGAGAUCACCCGGCGGACGGUGGUGAAUGGCAUCGUGGAAGAGUAUCGGCCGCCCUUCUUCGACGCCGUGCCCAGCGACCCCAGCUUCGAGGACAUGAAGAAGGUGGUGUGCGUGGACCAGCAGACCCCCGUGAUCCCCAACCGCCUCUUCUCCGACUCGGUUCUGUCGGCACUGGCGAAGAUCAUGAAGGAGUGCUGGUACCAGAGCCCCUCGGCUCGUCUCACCGCCCUGCGCAUUAAAAAGACCUUGAAGAAGCUGAACAAUUCCGUAGAGAAGCCAAAACCGGAGCAGUGAGCGCCGGGAACCGGACACCGGAGCCACUGACGGGCUGCACGGGGGACGGGAUGGCUCCGGUCACAGGGGGGUUUGCUCACAGCUCCUGCCUCUC